UCCUGUAAUGCGGAGGGACAGGCGAGGAGCGCGCGUCUGUGCGAGUAGAACCAUUGCCACAAGGCAAAAAGCCAGACGUGACGGGUAAAAGCUGAUAGAGCAGUGUUUGUGGAAGUAAGAAAACGGAGAAAGACAAAUACAACAAAGUUGCGCAUAAGAGCACAAUUUGCACAUAUUGAAUGGGCACGCUUUAGCCAUUAGCCACCUGAGUUGUCAUUCACAAAAGGAUGAAAGUACACAAAUAAGUAUUCUGGGAAAACCGAUUGAAAUAAAACUUAAUGAUUUUUAUACGUGCGAAUUGUGUUUGAAUUCGUCGAAAUUUUCAAUAUACCCGACGCUUAUCACAGCAAAUUACCGCCGGUAUUAUUGCGCAGCUUACUGCAGUUCAAUGUACGCUAAUUGAAUUACGCAUUGCUUUGCCGCCGACAAAAGUCAAGCCAAGGCAGGCAUUCCUAUGGUUUCUUUGCCAGAUCUGUGUUCAUGAGUAUCAUCGCAUAUUUUGUUGGCUAAGUGUUGCUAGGGCUAACGACAUAAUAACAGCGACCAUCAAAGGAGGCUCCUGUGCACUGCCAUUGAGUCUCAUCAAUUAUUCGUUAAGGAAUAUUUAAAUAGAAGUUAAACAGGAAAUAAAAUGGAAUUUAUUUUCGAUUGCUUCUUCGAAAAUACUUUCGAGAAAAUCACACGCAAUGGCCUACAGGAUCGCUCUUCACGUCGUGACGUUUUGGACCACUUGAAUGCUGUUAUUGGUGGUUGUAGUGAUGGACAAAAUAUGAACACUGAGGAGGUAGCGCGGUUUGCUGUAUUGGCCGCAGUGAGGUAUCAUCGUGAGAAAAAAAGUGGCAAUGGAAAUGUCUGUCUUAUGGGCAAAUUCCACAAUAUACUUUACAUUGCGUUGCGCACAUGCUGGGAUUGGGGUGUACGAGAUUCGACUGUUGUGGUUUUACUGCUUGAGGAAAUCUAUUCAUGUGAGAAAACUUUUGAACGCAUCUUCUUGGGCGCUUUAUUCGGGCCACAUGCACCGCACUUUAUAGCCGGCUGGCGUAGUGACUUUCGUGAUCAGGAUGAAAAUACACGCGCCAUGGUCUAUUUUUUGCAUCAUGCAACAUCACUCAGUAUGCAGCUGCCAGUGUGGAUUGCACGCUUUGAGCAGGAACGUAUGGUUAAAUUCAUUGACAUUCCAAUCGAGUCGUGCGGCCGCUCAUCACCAUUACGUGUUGCCUUACAGGCGAGUGCGCCCGACCUGUUACUAAUUUUAUUAAGAUAUGGCGCCCAUCCCAAUCCGCCAGAUGGUGGCGCCUCCGUCGUUCACGCUUUGCUCGAGAAACUCAUUGAGAACGGACGUAAUUACGUUUUACAAAAUGUGUCAUGCUUGCAAAUUUUACUACGCAACAUACCAAUGAUUGAAAUGCCAUACAAGCCAAUUAUCUACAGUGCCCGCCGGGAGCUGUUUUUCGAGAAAUAUGGCCGCCUUUUAAUUGAUCGUAUCAUCACCAAGGAGCAGGUGUACGGCGUCGUCUCCUUGCGGCAUUUGUGUCGAUGCCUCAUACGUGACUUGCUGCGCCAAAACUGCGAACUCCCCAACGGAAUCGAUACACUCCGACUACCGCGACGCCUGCAGCGUUAUAUUGACUUGAUGGAAGAGCUAGAAGGACCACAGAAAGAGGACGAUGCUGAAAAUAAUGCGGCAUUGGAAAAGCUACAACUCAGCGGCGGUGCAGUGAGCGGUGCCAAAAAGCGAGUACAUUUUGCUGAAUCCAGGGAUGAUGACCAGUCGUCGGUGGAUGUGGAAAUGGGCGUAGAUGUCAUAGAAAGUCUGUUGUUGGAAUCAAAUCGGCCAAAUGAACACCAAGUAAUAAUGGUGGGCGAUUUGGCGACAGUGUUUGAAGAGGAAUCGGUGGAGAUUGCAGAAGUGCAAUUAGAGGCAGAAAAUCGAAAUGGUUUAGUGGUUGUGGUGCAGAAGCCAUUAGCAGAGGACAUUAUCAGUCCGAUGCAGGUGCAGUUGACUGCCAAAACUAGUGCCAGUAGUAAUAGUGACAGCUGCGAUGAUGAAACGAUGCUGCAGUGCAGUAGCAACAGUAACAAUAGCAGCAAUAACAAGAACGAAAAUUGUGAUACUGAAACUGAGGUCGACGAUUGCAUUGAGCGCCAGUUAAGCUAGCCGUCAUCGCCUCAACUACAUAUAUGAAGUAAGUAUAAAGUAGUGAGUUACAUAAACUGGUAUAAAUGUAGCUCUACAUAUAAGCAAUUACACUGCUAUCAAAUGAACAACAGCGGUUAGAAACAAAACUGGAAAGUUUUUGUCAGACUCAGCAGCUAUGAGUGAAUUGCCUUUUGCGUGCUUACAAUUUUCAAUUUCAAAAAAAAAAAAAAAAACUGAAAAAAGUGGAAAGGGUUGCCUUCAUGUAUUCAUCCGAUGUAGUUUACGAAUUCAUGACUACCAGUUAAAAAAAAAUAUAAAA